AUGAGCUGGAAGAAGGUCGAGUUCAAAGGCAGCGACAGUGUGGACCGGUUGCAGCGCAUCCAGGCGCUGUGCCCCUCGUCCGACACGAAGCUCGACGGCAUUUUGAUCAUCGGGGGCGUGGACAGUUUCCACUCGCAGGCGUCUCAAGCCGCGAUCAAGUACCUUUUCCUCGGCAGUUCGGGCCAGGAGCUGCUGGGUGAGCAGGUGAUACUGCAGGAGCACGAGCGUCUGGAGGACGUCAUUCUACUCAUCUGUCCGCAGCGAGUGUCCAUCUUCUACUCGUCGGAGAGUGAUGCAGCGGUGAAGGUUCUACCGGUCAUCUCCAAGUGGCGCCAUGUGACGGAGUACGUCGUCCACGACGGGAUGGAGCCGGACGAACAGGAAGAACGCAAGAUCAGCGCGUUCAAGAGCAUGAUGGCGGGGGUCAAGACGGUGGGGGUUCCCUUUGGGGUGGACCGAGAGGGUACCGAUCUACAAGACUCCAUGAUUCCGGAGAAGUGGCCUCUGGUCCAGUCGUACGGGUUAGAAGGUGGGGAAUCUACCGCCCAGGGCUUCUUCACCAUGAACCACCGAGUGGUGAACGUAUCACGAGAGAUGAUGGACAUCAUGGCUCAACUGGAUGGGUUUAGCGCGAAGAGGGUAGUGCAGGAGAGUCAACCCUUCUUGGCUCACCAUUUUGACGAGUUCCUGCUCAAGAUGGACCAUGCAGAGAGUCCCGACGUACGCAACGCAAAGUCCGAGAGCGAUUUGGGGGAAGAUCUGCUGAGUUUCUACGAGUUCGGCACGAUGCAGUACAGUGCUCGUGGACUGAAGAUAGGGCCUAAUCGAGGCAGUCGAGUGCUGUUCGGGGCGAGGACGAGCUCGUUGACGGAGAAGUCGUCGUCGAAGGCUUUCCUCUCGAACACUGGGGUUAAGGAGGGCGUCCCUGCGACGCACAUGGUCGUGCAGGCGGAAGAUCCGUUCACGGGUGUGCGGUUCGCCCGCACAUACUUCUUAUCGUCGGGUAAAGUCUGCAAGAAGGUCGUGGACGAAGACGCGCUCGUGCGCUCUCCAGUCAAACCGAAGUCUGAUGUGGCUACGUCGGCGGCAGACACGAAGACGAUGAUCGACAUGUACGCGCUUCUGCUGCGCGGUAAGUUCCCCACGAAGUUUAUCGAUGACCAACUACGGCUCACAGCGGAGAUUAUGGACGCUUGUGGACAGCCUGUGGACUCGCUAACUGAAGAUUGGUGCCUUCUGUACUGCUCCAUGAAGUUGGCGAAUAUUCCGAGCGAUGCCAAUCCAUCGCUACCCUUGGGCUCUCUAGUAGCUGGGGACACCUUUUUGUUUCAUGGCCCGGGAGCCGGAAGCUUGUCCAGUCCUGCAAUCAAGCACGUCCUUCACGUUACCAAGCCAUUCGCGAAUUUCCGCUCUUGGAUCCAGAGUGGAGAGGAAGCGGACGCUGUUGACGACCUGAUGCGCACGCUUCAGUCUGAGUUCAUGCUCCAGAGCCGCUCUGUGCGUCUGGGCAAGGCCAUAACCCCGCUUGAUUCUGACAUUGAAGAAAAUGGAGAAGGUAGCACAACCCAAGCGACAAUGUCGUCGAAGGCUACACUCCUUCUCAACAGCGACUUGAUGCCGAUCGUCCACGGCGGUUGGAGGGUCUUCACUGGAGGGAUGGUGUUUGCAAGCCCCUAUUUCAACCCGAUCGUGGUGUCCAUUGAGCGGAAUGUAAAGAGCUUGACCAUCCUCCCGUCGCCUCAUGAAGAGCUGGUGCUGCUGAAGAUGGAGCUCAAGGACAAUGAUCAUACUCCGUUAUCAGAAGCUCUGCCGUCCUCACUCGCAUCCCAAGAACUCUUUAUCCCUCUUCAGUCGGGCACCCGUUUUCAGGACGAGGUGUUCCGCGCGCUCGAGUCCUGGAAAGUCACUGCGGCUUCACUAAACGUUCCGAUUUUCCGAGCCAGCGACCUCAGCGAGCAGUUCGACGCUGAAACCCCUCGAGACCGUGAAGUCGCUAACUUUGAAGUCCCAGUUCACGUGAAGGCAACCUGCGAGCUGCUUGUCCAGAGGCAGACAUUUGUCGGCCAGGAUGCUCGAACUAUUGACGAUUUCUUCCCCCAGGACUUCAUCCCAAAGGAUCCUGGAGCUGCUACGACGCUACCGAAGCCCAACACGGACGACCUCAGCAGACUUUGUAUUCCAGUUACGGUCAUGCUUGGAAUCCCUGGAAGUGGCGUCGCGGCGAUGGCGGAUUCCAUCUGCAAGAUUUCGUCCGCGAGCUUUGUAUGGGCCACAGUCGACGUUGAUCUCCGCAAUCUAGACCCGUCCAAGCAGCAGAAGAUGGAGGCGUCCGGGUUUUUUGAGAUCUCGGACAAACUCAGUCGAGCUCUGGAUCGGAUCAAGGCUGACGCUAAGACAUUGAGCCUUCACCCGCGAAUUAUGCUCACAGUUGUGGGCUACGUCGAUCCGAUUACUGUGGCAUGUGCGAUUCGACGUGGAGUCCACGAUUCCUCUCUUUCCAGCAAGAUCGGAGCUGUCAUUAACUGCGUGAGCGCGAACAACGUCUACCUUCCUGAUCCACUGGCCACGCAAGCACCAUUCCCCAAAGUGUUCGACCAAAUGGAGGCCGGGUUUGUCACUCACCUGGUGCUGACUAACAGCGCUGACAUUGAACCGGCCGUGCUCCAGCGCUUGCGCUUCCACAUGGACCACGUGAAUCCUUUUGCCGAUGUGAUGGUCCUCUCCCAUGACGUCUUCGAAGGACCUUUAACGCCGCUGCUGGCUAUCGACCGCUUUGAGAGUGCGUACUACAAGCAGUACCGCAACGCCCACUUCCCUGACUGGGAGAGUUCUUCGUCGAGUAACAACGCAGCGCCGAUUUACACUCGCUACGUGGCUGAGCUGGAGAAUGAACAAGCUCCUGUGAGUUUCCGCUUCGAGAUCGUUCCCGGGAUGGACCGAUCCAAGUUUUCGUUCUUAAUCGCAAGGACGAUGACACCUUUUGCUACACUAACCAAGUCCAUGGACCGAGUUUACCCCAUGGACAACGCUGGGAACAAGAGUACGAAAGGAAUUCGUAUUGCUCAGACGAUCGCGGUGGAGAAAGUUGCUAACUCGUCCACUGGCUCAUCAGCGACUCCAAGUGUCGAAGGUGUCUUCUCCAACGGACAGUCGCGAUCGUGUUGGUGUGUGGAAGGGCAAGUUGUGUUCAAGGAUGAGCCUGGGUGCGUGUACGAGUACCGUUCGACGGGUACCUUCGCUCGCCUCUGGGCCGACUCGAGCCAGUUGAACAACAAGGCGGAUAGUCUUCCAUCGCUGGAGAUGAAAGUCACUGGUCAGGGACUGAAUGCGGAUAAACUUCGCGAGAUGCUGCUGAACUGCUACGCUCAUGCUGAAGCCUCACCAAACCAAGUUCGUUCCAAGGCUUCGAUUAGCUUGGAAGAAAAGCGCGAGAUUCAGCGACAACAUGCGAUGGACCCCCUGCCCGAAGGCUAUCUGUUCGACGGCACCAACUACGUCGACUUCUUUGGUGGACGCUACGAGUUCCACCCCUGCAUUGCCCAGUUCAUUGACGAGUACGUCACUGCUGCGAACGACGACAGGAAGGCGACGAAUAUCAAGGCCACGGCAGAGCGCGAGUCCCAGCAAUCGUUCGUUAGGCAGAUUGUCUAG